AUGAAACCAGUUUUCUGUACAUUACGACAAGCAAUGAUGAAUGGAAUGGGUAAAAUUUUCAAAACGUAUGAUACUUACUCAAGAAAGGAUGAUUUAGAUAAGAAACUUCUUGAAGUUGCCAAAAUCAUUGGUCGACGUAUGGAGAAACGAUUUGAUUAUUUAGCAAUGAAAUUGAAAGAAAUGUUGAUAUAUGAAACUUCAUAA